AUGGAGAAGAUAGAGCACACCACAGUGACCACCAAUGGCAUAAACAUGCACAUCGCGAGGAUCGGUUCGGGCCCGGUUAUCCUCUUCCUGCACGGUUUCCCCGAGCUUUGGUACUCAUGGCGCCACCAGCUCCUUUCGCUGUCAUCUCUAGGGUACCAUUGUGUGGCUCCCGAUCUUCGUGGAUACGGUGACACCGACGCUCCCGCUUCUGCGGCUUCGUACACCGUUUUCCACGUCGUGGGGGAUCUCGUGGGCCUCCUCGACGUGCUCGGUGUCGAGCGAGUGUAUUUGGUGGGACAUGAUUGGGGCGCACUGAUUGCUUGGUCGUUUUGCCAGUUCAGGCCAGAUAGAGUCAAGGCUUUGGUGAACCUUAGCGUGGCGUAUCCGCCAAGGAACCCUAUGGUGAAGCCCGUGGAAGGGCUCAGGGCUUUGUUUGGGGACGAUUACUACGUUUGUAGGUUCCAGGAACCUGGGGAGAUUGAAGACGACUUGGCUCAAUUGGGCACCCAAAAGCUUUUUAAGUUGUUUUUUACCUCUCGUGAUCCACGACCAUUUCGUAUAUCUAAAGAAACUGGGUUGAGAGGAUGGCCCAAUCCCCCACCCCUGCCCUCCUGGUGCUCUGAACAUGACAUUGAUUACUUUGCCAACAAAUUCAACCGGACCGGAUUCACCGGAGGACUGAACUAUUAUCGAGCUAUGGACCGGAACUGGGAACUUACGGCACCUUGGACUGGAUUGCCGAUCAAGGUACCGGUUAAAUUUGUCGUCGGUGACCUCGACAUUACGUAUCACAUCCCCGGCAUAAAGGGAUACAUACACGACGGCGGAUUCAAGAAAGACGUGCCGCUGUUGCAGGAAGUAGCCGUCGUGGAAGGAGCAGCCCACUUUAUCAACCAAGAAAAACCAGAGGAGAUUAGCAUGCACAUUUACGACUUCAUUAAGAAAUUCUGA